CAUGAACACCAACGUGUGCGUGGAGAGCGGCCCCAACCCCGAGGCGCCGGGGCUGCCCAAGGACAGCCACCUGCCCGAGGGGGCCCUCAACAGCCUUGUGGAUUACAACUCGGAGAUGGAGAGGUACCGCUCCUUCGCCACCUUCUACAAGACCAACGGCGGCGCCUUCCCCCAGGCGGCCAAGAUCGCCCGCAUCACCACCCCCAUCUUCCCCAGCGCGGCCGCCGCCGCCGCCGCCCGCAUCGGCAUGUCCCCCUGGAACUGCGACACCGCCACGGCCGCCGCCGCCACCGCCAUGCUCUGGGGCAGCGGCGGCGGCGGCGGCGCGGCGGGCGGCGCGAGGAAACCCUCCUCCUCCUCCUCCUCCGCUGCCGCCGCCUCCGCGGCCGCCGCCGCCGCCUCAUCGCUGCACGCCGGCAGGGGCGGCAUGCACCACCGGAGCGACUCGCAGCGGCUGGGCAAGCCCGGCUGCCCGCCGGCCGAGCAGCCCGCCCUGCCCAUGGCCAACGGCAACUUCCUCUCCACCCUCGCCCCCGAGCACUGCCGGCCGCUGGCCGGCGAGUGCAUGAACAAGCUCAAGUGCGGCGCCGCCGAAGCCGAGAUCAUGAACCUCCCCGACCGCGUCGGCACCUUCUCGGCAAUCCCGGCGCUGGGCGGCCUCUCCCUUCCCCCCGGGGUCAUCGUCAUGACGGCCCUGCACUCCCCCGCCGCGGCCUCGGCCGCCGUCACAGACAGCGCCUUCCAGAUCGCCAACCUGGCGGACUGCCCGCAGAGCCACGCCUCGGCCUCGCCCGCCUCCGCCCUGGCCGGGGCCGGGGCGGGCAACCCCGCCAAGAAGAAGCGGAAACGCUGCGGGGUGUGCGUGCCCUGCAAGCGGCUCAUCAACUGUGGAGUCUGCAGCAGUUGCAGGAACCGCAAAACGGGACACCAGAUCUGCAAAUUUAGGAAAUGUGAAGAGCUUAAGAAAAAACCGGGCACUUCGUUAGAGAGAACACCUGUUCCCAGCGCUGAAGCAUUCCGAUGGUUCUUUUAAGCAGUAGUGUAUCUUAUUUUCGAGGCAGUCCGAAGUGAAUGGAAAGCUAAAGUCUUGUUUUAAGAAACUGCUUAGUCCACCAUUGAAGAAUAUACUCAGAUACUAUUUUCAUUUAUGUAUAGGGGUUUCCUCAAAAGCAAAAGACAAAAACCUGUGAGCCUGGGGAAUUGGCCAGCUUCUUCACAUUCAGUACACCGAUUCUUUCUUUGAUGUAACUUAGCUAUACUAGUGAAGUUGUUGUCUAUUUUUAAAGUGGCUGUAAAAAAAAAAAGUUUGGGUAAACCCCUGCUAUAAAGUCAUGUAUCUUUGAAAAGUAACAUAUCUAUACUUCAUUUUUAAAUAUAUGUGUUUCAGUACUGUAAACUGUACAGAUAGCCGCUUGUAUUUUGUGUGUUUAGACACAAGGAGACAAUCAUGUCUGAGCAUCAAUGGAGAUAAACGGUUUGUACACAACAGUGUGGUUCUGCAAAUUGAAUCCGGAGCAAUAAAUUCUAGCUUUAACUAUUAUUUUGCUAGUUGUUUAGCAGCAGCAGCAGCAACAGCAGCACUGUUUUACCAUGCAUCCUUCCAUAGAGACUUGAUGCCAAGUUUUCCAAGAUAAAAAGAUUGUGAUGCAUCUAGCAAUUACCUUCUGUUGUGGUGUUGUGAGAGGGGAAGACGUAACACUUAAAAUUAAUCUUUCAAGCACUAUAUUAGAAUAGUGGUUUGUGCACUUGCAUUGCUUCCAAAGGAACUUUACAGAGGGGUAUCUCUCCAAAAAUGCUGUCUGGUGUCUGACUCAUUUUUCACUGUGCCCAGCGUAGGCAAAUGUGCAAAACUAGUCAUUUAAAUAAAGGUUGUUCUAGGCUACAAACCAGAGUAUGGGACCUUAGGAAAAAUGAUGACUCAGUUUAAUUACCCUUCACCUACAAGAUCUUAUGUAACAUUUUCAGUCAAUGGAGUAAAUAUUUUAUAAAGUGGAUUGCCAUAUUUUUGGUUCUGGUGGAGCUCUUCACAGUUAAGUGAGUUUUGACAGUUGGACUGGUUUAGGUCUCACUUGCACUUGUGCUCAUUUGAGAGCCUGGAUAUUUUUGCGGUGUAAAAAAGAUUUUUUUUUUAUUUUUGUGCUUUAAAAAACAGACCACUUCUCCCCACAUGUUUCUUGGUCCACUGAUCUCGGCUUUGCUGAACGACUGGUCCCUUAAGCCCUUAAAAAAAUGCUUUGCCGUUCUUCUUCCUGUUCUAGCUGUAUGGAAGAAAUGUCUACACCAUGGAAAGGCAGCACACAGAGGGAUAUAGCUGACAUGCCAUAAAAAAUAAGGAGAAUUCUUUACUUAGGGAUACUUACUAUCAGUCGAUCAUCACUUUUUAUCGCUUGGCUUUGUCAUACCACUCUCGAGUGAGAAGGCCAUGCCACCAAAGUAAGUGAAUGCUGUUGUGCCAUGUAUCUGAUAGAUUUAUAAUUUUAUACAAGAUAGGCCUACAAGUAGUUUCACAAACAAUGUGCUGGGCAUGGAAGUAACCAAUUAAUGUUGCACAGCACAUGUAAAUCUCCUACUGUUUCAGCACUUUCUUCAGGGUUUUGCUAAGUACUUCAGCCUUUGGCCCCUGGUCACACUUACUUGAUGAAGCACGAGGGAUGGGUUGGGAAUGCUCCAAUGGGACUGUGCAGGUGGGGAAGACGCCAGCUUUGGCAAGCGAGGGCUGGUAGGUGUCAGGAACAGCCCAGAAAGUGAAGACCAGGGGAUGGAGGCAGAGAAACCUCCUGAAGUCACAUGUGUUCAUCAGCAGGACCGGGCAGAGCGUGGGUGACCCAGGGUAACUGGAGGGCACAGUUGGGCUGGGCUUACACCUGCGUCCUCAGCUUAGGGUCAGUGCAUGUGUCAGUGUCCUUGCGUCGUACGACGUCACGUACAUGGCUUCGGAGGUGGAAUGUCAUGCUUAAAAUGCUUCUAUCAUGGUGUCCCUCUUACAGUUUUUGAGAUCCUCAGUUGUAUACUCAUCCAAUGCCCAUUCAAUGAGCUUUGUGUCUGUUUGUAGGGCAGCUGUGUAUGGAUUUUUUUUUUUUGUGUUGGAGACUUUUUGGUUAGGGGCCUCUGUUACUGAUCAUUAGACCAAUAUGAGCUCUGCAAGGUCUUCUCUACCAAAGUGCUGAUUGACUUACAAACUGAAGCCUUAUUUGCACAUCUGGCUGGUAAGCUUGCCUUGCUCUUUGGAAAACUCUCAUUGCUCUUAUAGAAGCAGACGCAAAGUUAAGUUCAGGAUACAUUAGGUGUACAAAGAUACUCAUAGCAAUGUACUUACUGUCUAAUACCCUAAUGUUGCAUGUCUUGUGGUUCCUUUUUUUUUGUUUUGUUGUUUUGUUUUAAAGAACUGCUGUAUCUGUAAAUUGUAAUUUUGGUGUUUUACAUGUCAAUCCAAAAUUGUUAAACACACAAACAAGCAUACCUGUUAAUUAUUGAAAAUGAACCAGAGGUGAUUUUUCUUUGAUUUACCCUUAUGGUUUUCAUUUCAGAGGUUGUUGCUUUGCACCAUCAGGUUUUUAGAUUCUGCUGAAACAGUAUUUAAUAUGAUGUAGUGUGCAUAGAGCAUUUUAAUUAGUGAUGUUUGAAGAAGGAAAUCCAUUUUCUGGCCUGUCUCUCCCCACCCCUCCCCAUUUAUAUACAUAGUUGUCAGUCGGAUUAUUGUCAAGUUCUGAUUACCAAAUUUGUGCUUUUCACAAGGUCCAAUACUGUUUUCCAGUGUGAAAAUUUGUAUUCUUCUCCGUUCUUCAUUCUCACAGUGAAAAGUAAAAAAAAAAAAGGGUGUGGGCAAAAAAAAAUUAGCAGAACUCUGUCUUCUAGGUGUGAGUGAGUGCUAAGCCUAGUGGAAGCAUUUUUGGCAUACCCCAGAUAAACUUAUGAAAAAUGGUAAGCUUGAAAGGGAGGCACACGUACCCAUUCUGUCAAUUAAUAACAGACCCUCCCUAUGAGGGAAAAUACUCCCUUUUGUACAGACCCCCUGGUAUGUAAGUCCUACAAUUAAUGUUGAAGAAUGUAAAGUCUUUAAACGGGCUAUAUCUGUAAUCAAAUAAUGAAGAAAGAAAGUAGUUAAAUGAACAUACCAUUCAGGGUCGAAUGCAUUCAGCAAAAAGCAGUAGUGGGUCUUUGAUCAUGGUUAGAUGCAUAGUGAUAUCAAACAGUGGGUUCUCAUGUAACAGCUAAAUGUUUCAGAUUUUGUUUUUAUUAAAUUUGGCAGUUUCACGCUGAGCUCUACUGUAUUCUUAGUGAACAAAAGACAGCUCCUAUGUUAGAAAGUACUCCAUUUUCACAAUUGCAGGGAACUAGGAGGGUAUUUUCAGAAACAUGGGCCACAGAAAUGUACUCCUUCCACAGUGUUCUCCUAUUUCUGAACUGUGCAGUUAUCUAUUAAAUUUUCUAAUAGAUAUUUGUGUAAGGUGUAUGUAUGCUUGUGCAAUUAUGGAAAAAAAAACAGUUUUGGAAAACAGUGUAUUUAUGAAAAAAUAAUCACUUAUGGGGCAUGUACAAAACUGUAUAAAAACAUUCAAUUUGCCCAGUAAAGUUGUUUUUUGUGAUAUUUCUGUGUUGUUGAAUAAAGGACUUUAGUAUUCAAAA